GAAUUUUUAACACCAACAACCUGUGGAUAAGUCUAGAAGCCAUGAAGAGAGUAGUGGAUGAGAAAACACUAGAUAUGGAAAUCAUUGUCAACCCUAAGACACUUGACAACGGCCUCAAUGUGAUACAGCUGGAGACGGCCGUGGGGUCAGCCAUCAAAAGUUUUGAAGGUGCUCUAGGUAUAAAUGUACCUAGACGCAGGUUUUUACCUGUCAAGACGACCUCUGACCUGCUGUUGGUGAUGAGUAAUUUAUACAACAUGAGGACAGGCUCUCUGGAGAUGAACCCUAAACGGUGCUUCCCCUCCGUCCCACUUGUCAAAUUAGGCUCUCACUUCAGUAAGGUGAAAGAUUUCCUGUAUAGAUUCUCCAACAUUCCCGAUAUGUUGGAACUCGAUCAUCUAACGGUGUCUGGAGAUGUUACCUUUGGCAAAAAUGUCACCCUCAAGGGAACAGUCAUCAUCAUAGCCAAUCAUGGUGAGAGAAUUGACAUCCCCUCUGGAUCUGUGUUAGAAAACAAAAUUGUUUCUGGAAAUCUCAGAAUUCUGGAUCACUAGUCUACCUGAUGUUGAUGCUGCUCCCUCAGACUUUCCAUAACACAGCCUGGGAUACAAAAACACGAGGGCCCAACCUACAACAACAACACGGGAUCUUGAAUACAACCAGAGCCCAACCUACAACAACAACACAGGAUCUUAAAUACAACGAGGGCCCAACCUACAACAACAACACGGGAUCUUAAAUACAACAAGGGCCCAACCUACAACAACAACACGGGAUCUUAAAUACAACCAGAGCCCAACCUACAACAAGAGCGCAGAAACACAACGAAAGAUCCCAAAACAACAAGGGACACUAAAAUAAGUGGAAAAACGUGAAUGUCAAUGGAUCCUUAAGUAAAAGCAGGGAUCUACAAUGGAUCCCUACAGAGACGUCCAAUAUUUUAACUUAAUGGAACUUUUAUGUACUAAACAUAAUACUAAUGUCAAAAAUGUUAUUUUGUUGUCUGUUGAUGCUUAAAAGUGUUAUUUUGUUUGUAAAUUUUAAUUUUAAGAAAAGCAUUUAAACACUGAGUUAUUUCCUUUAAAUGAUAUGUAUUGUCCAAUGCUUCAACUUGUUGCCAUGGUUCCAGCAGACCAUGACAAUAUGUCUGUAGUAUAGACAUCGAGUGUGAAGCAUGUGUGUUGUACCGCGUGUUUAAACUCCCCUACUAGUCUGCUGGUUGUGUACUGAUUAUUCCAAAGCAAUGUACACUUCGGAAUAACAGAUAAAACUUUGUUGUGACUUGUGUGAAAACUUCCCUAAAGAGAUACAGUAUUGUCACACCUCGUUUUACCUAUAUUACAUGGGUGGGUUUUGAGAGGCUGUAGUGUUUAUGUGUGGUGUCGUCUGUUCUGGUACGUAGAUAUUGUAGCUUGUUAGCCAGAGUUGUUUCACAUCGUUACGGUGAUUAUGAGAUUAUCACGAUGAGCAGGGAUAGGCUGACUACUAAUGUGAAAUAGAAAGCUUCUCACAAUAUUUAAUCAUCAUAAUUAAGAAUAGUUUUCCUUGGAAGUCCCAUACCUGUUCAGUAUAUGAUUAUUUGAUUAACUAUGCAGAAUGUCCAGAAUUACAAACAGAAUGUAUGUUACAGAUAUGUACCAGACAAUCUUUAGGCUAUAGAAUAUAGGAGAUCUAGAGUGCUAUUUGUGAUUGCUGGAAUGAGAACUGUUAUGGAUUACCAAUAGUUUGUUAUUAGCUUCUAGCUGGAAUAUAAAUUGUUGUUACGGAUUAUAAAAAGUUGUUAUGAGGAUAUUUUGCUUUUUGCAGUAGCAGGUAUAAAGACUGACAUUUAGUGUUACCGCUUUAUUUCAGGAAGUCGGAGUCUGAGCAAUUACCUACAGAAUUUUACAAUGUAUAUGUUGCAGCGUGUGGAAACUAGAGUUUUGAUAUGGAGGCGUUGCUGUCAGAGAGCAUUGUAGAACUUUACAAUAUAACUCAGCAAUGUAGCUGAGCCCAGCUUAUUUCGACAUGAAAGAGAAUUGUCAACAGGGCCGAAGUGAGGUGAAAUAGGAUGUGUAUGUGUAUGGCUGAACUGCAGUAAGAUAGGAUAUAGGGAAUCCAGUUGUGUGCGUAUCUGACAACAAAGAGGAGGUUGAAGGGAGUGGUGUUGGUUCAUCAUCACUCUAUUGACUAGGAGCAGCGCCAUUUAUGGAUAGAGAAAUUUUCUGUCGAUAUUUUAUGUUCUUGAUGCAUAAUUUUGAAUUGUUUAUCUAAUAUAUAUUUAGUUUGUUGGUAUAAACACAUGAGUGGUGUGGUAAUCAUGAGUGUAUUUCACGUACAUUCAUCGUUAUAUUUGUAUUUCAAUUGUUGCAGCAUAUCUACAUCAUUUACACAAAUCCAAGCAGAAUCUUUGUCGAAUAAAAGAAUUACCAAUGGACACAGGAAAAUACUGAGACUUUUUUAGAUAUCAUAAUGAAUAAAGGGGUAUAUUAACUCUAAACAUUUUUAUUGAAAAGGGUAAUUGUAACCUGUAAAUUUACUGUAUUACAGUGUAUAGUGAACCAUCUAGUCACUAGUUAUUGCGCAGCUAGAGUUUUUCUUUGGUCCGUACAGCACUGUUGUAAUAAUUGGCAGUCUCAUUAUCUCCACCCAGCAGAGGCACUUGGAUUAACUUUGGAGAAAAUCUCGGUAACAAAUAUAUUCAAGUUUGUUUUUAUUUUGAUAAAACAUAAGAUAUUGAUUGAUGCUAAUUAUACACUUUUUGAAUACCUUGUUGGCGUAACAUGAGGUUGCUGGUGGUGUGGAUAUGUGAGAUAUCAGACAGCUGAGUC